UUGUGACGCCACUGCGCGCGCCGCUUGCUGUUGCUGGGCAGCGAUGGCUGCUACGCUGGAGUCCUCGUUGGAGGACCCGCUGCGGAGCUUUGUGCGAGUUUUGGAGAAGCGGGAUGGCACGGUGCUACGACUACAGCAACACGGCUCCGGCGGCGUGGGUUGCGUUGUUUGGGACGCUGCCAUUGUCCUUUCUAAAUACUUGGAAACGCCCGGGUUUUCUGGCGACGGAGCCCACGCGCUGAGCCGGCGGUCGGUGCUGGAGCUGGGUUCGGGCACCGGAGCCGUGGGGCUCAUGGCUGCUACCCUCGGGGCAGAUGUUGUAGUCACCGAUCUUGAGGAAUUGCAAGACUUGCUGAAGAUGAAUAUUAAUAUGAACAAACAUCUUGUCACCGGUUCUAUUCAAGCCAAGGUACUGAAAUGGGGGGAAGAAAUAGAAGACUUUCCUUCUCCACCGGACUACAUACUGAUGGCCGACUGCAUAUACUAUGAGGAGUCUUUGGAGCCGUUGCUGAAAACCCUAAAAGAUCUCAGUGGAUCUGAAACUUGUAUUAUAUGUUGUUAUGAACAACGAACAAUGGGAAAAAAUCCAGAAAUCGAAAAAAAAUAUUUUGAGCUGCUUCAACUAGACUUUGACUUUGAAAAAAUUCCUUUGGAAAAACAUGAUGAAGAGUAUCGAAGUGAAGAUAUUCAUAUUAUAUACAUCAGAAAGAAAAAAUCGAAAUUUCCAUCGUGAAACCUUCAGUCAUCUUACCCAAGCCUCUAACAACCUGGGUAAGCUAAAGAUGUGAAUGGAGCAUGUGAAUACAGCAUGGGAAGAUUGUGUUCACAGAUUUUUCCAGCAUGUCCCUAGAGAUCCAAUAUAUAGAUGACAACCACCGUGGGCUGCCUGCAAUAUGAAAAAAUGCCUGCCUUCUUAUCUGCCAAUGGGCCUGAAAUCAACUUAGGUUACUUAGCUCAGCAUCAUGUUCUGCUUAAAAGAAACGUUGGGAAUCAGUUACUUAAAUAAAAAUUGGUGUUGAGGUUAGGCUAAAGUCUGCCAAAAAUAAAUAGUGAAGCGGCAUGGUUGAGUUGACAUAUUUUCAGGAAACUAGAGAUAAAUUUCUAGAGAGAGAUAUUAUUAUAUAAUAAUGUUAUCAGUUCAAACCAGUAAAUCUUAGUUUGUCUUCAAAAUACAUAAAUUUAAAAGAAAGUUUUCAUUUAUUUACAUAAUUACACAGUAGUUUUUAUCAUGUAUCUUCUACUUCAUUUUUAAAAAACUAUCUUUAAUACUUAAAUGUUCUUUUACUUAAAAAGCUGGGAUAUACUCUUGUAUACUUAUAUUGGCCAAAGUUUUAUUCUUUUCCUCCUCCAUACAUAGCUAUGUGAUUUAAAUAGUAAAUUGUAUUGUAGUGAGUUGCUAAGAAGUAAAGAUAAAUCAGGAGAUUGGUGAAACAAAUCUUGUAUCUUUACAAAAUUUUUCAUUUGGUGAUGGAGAACAAAAAACCCUGUUUCAGUCUUACAUGUUUAUGUGGCUCAUGCACUUUUCCUUGUGUAUAUCUUCCAGGAAAAUCUGGCUAAAAAACACUGGUAUUAACUUGUUUAUGUGAAAUAGUGAAAGGUUUUUGAAUAACAAUAAAUGUAGUUCUAUAUACAUUUAUCAAAUGAAUUUUUAUUCUGUAUCAUCUCUAUUUUAUGUCAUCAUGAUAAUUAAUCUGCUCACGUAGACUAAUCUGUCAAGGACUUUAGUCAUAACAGUUCCAAAGGGUAGUUACCGGAUGGAAUUCUGAUAUUUACAGACAGUGGUGCUAGAUGGCACAUUUUAUGUGUUAUUAAUAAAAUAUUGUUUUUGAGACCCUG